CUAUUGCUGCAUUCUCUGCGGUCUAUCCAGGGCAGGGAGCCAGCCUCCGCUCACUUCGAGUUUCUUUGUUACUCGCACCGAUAUAAGUAUGAAUAAACCCCAACGUUGGCUCGGCGUUUGUGUUAAUCUGUCGAGCCAGCAUUGAUCAUGUCGGUUCGGAUCGUGGCUCUGGGCAAUGAGAAAGCGGGCUUUGAGGACAGCCUGCAGCAGGCGGAUCUGAUCACCACCUAUUUCGGCAGACAUGCCAUUAUCCGGCACGUUGAAGAGAGGCGCUUGCUCAGCUUUGCCACCCACAUCACAUUUCCUGCCUUUGUCGAGUACCAGGCUUAUGUCUUCGGCAGAGUCCGAGUGCUGAUUCACGACUGUCCCAACUGGGAAUUAUUCGACAAUGACUGGUAUAGAUCACGGAAUGUGGUUGGGCUAGCAGACAUCAUUGUCCUAAAAUACUCCGUCAAUGACAAAACCUCAUUUCAAGAAGUGAAAGAUAAUUAUGUUCCCAUUAUUAAGCGGUUACUUAACCAAUGGACAGUUCCAGUCAUAGUUGCUGCAGUUGGUACAAGACAAAAUGAAGGGCCGCCUUGCUCAUGCCCACUGUGUACAUCAGAUAAAGGGAGCUGUGUUCCUUUCUAUGAGGGAAUUGAACUGUCUAAAGAAAUUGGAGCAGCCUACUUGGAACUUCACAGUCUCAAUGACUUUUAUGUGGGGAAAUACUUUGGAGGAGUGUUGGAAUACUUUAUCAUACAGUGUUUAAAGCAGAAGUCUUCUCAAAAGAAAAAGAAAAGGAGCAGCAGACCCCACAUGAUACCACCGCCUAGACUGGGAGAACCAGUCAAGCUACCUUGUUUAAAGAUUGAGGAAUCCCGGUACCAUCGCGACUUGUUGAACCUAUACUACAGCUCUUUAUGCACAGAUGUGGUGUUCUUUUCCAAGGAUGGACAAGAGAUGGCAAGAGCUCACAGGGUUGUGCUGUGCAAUGCGAGCCAUGUCUUCAUGUUUCUGUUUGGCUUGGAGAUUGCCAGUCACUCUGGUGAAUUACCUGGGAAGGUUGCACAUAAUUUGUUUGCAAUAGACCAAGGGGACACUACAUUGAACUCCAGCCAAGCUUCACUUUAUAACAGCCAGCCAGUAAGGGUCAUCAUUUUAGACUCACUGCUCUGUGCCUGCUACUCAGAGGUGUUGAAGUUCAUUUACACAGGCACUAACUGCUGGGAGGAACUAAAAUCAGUUCUCUGGAAGAAGCUUAAAAACCUAGAACAAGUGAAACAUGUGAUGGAAACAGUCAAACUGCUGUUCAAAUGCAACGCUAAGACAUUUUGUUCCAGCGAUGUCAGCAAUCAAACAGCAAAAAGCAAAGGGCAGUCUCAAAGUUGUUGCUGUUCUUUAAGUCUUUUCUUUCAAAAUCCUGACUUGGCUGAUGUCACCUUUAAAGUGCAAGGUGCAUCUAUCUAUGCUCAUAGAGCAGUAUUGGUAGCUCGCUGUGAGGUACUGGCAGCAAUGUUUAGUGGAUACUAUGCUGAAACAACAGCAUGUCAGAUUCCUAUUCAAGGUGUUUCCAAAGAAACCUUUCUCUCUUUCUUGGAGUAUCUGUACACUGAUGCCUGCUGCACAGCCAGCAUUCUCCAAGCCAUGGCUCUGUUAAUAUGUGCUGAAAUGUAUCAAAUACACAGACUGCAGCAGAUAUGUGAAUCAUACAUUGUCACACAGUUACAGAGCAUGCCCAGUAGACAACUUGUAUCGACCAACCUUAACAUUGUAAACUUAUAUAACAAAGCCAAGUUCCACAAUGCGACAAGACUGUCUACUUGGUUACUGCAUUUCAUUGCCAGCAACUACCUCAUCUUCAGCCAAAAGCUAGAGUUUCAAGACCUUUCUGAGGACGAGCAAACAUUUGUAGAAAAUCAUAGGUGGCCUUCAAGUUCGUACUUGCAGGAGCUGACUGAGUACAGGCACCACAUUCACUCUGGGAGAUCUCGUUGUAUCCUCAUGUAACAAAACGUCAGCCAGACCUUGGAUACCUAUCAAAGACUAAAAGAAGGAUAUUUAGAAAACUUUGUGCUACAUUAGGAAAACAGCAGACAGAAGCACACUUCAUCUCAAGAAGAAUGAAGACAAGAAAAUUUGAAGAAAUUCCCAAACUUGUGUCCAUUACAAUGCUCUGAUGACAUGCACUUUUCAUGACCAGCCGACCAACAUUUUGGAUUUCUUUUCUAAAAUUAAGACAUACAGCUCCUCAGUCCUCCUCUGAUAGUGAAUCUAUGGAUUGUGCAUAAAAUGUUAAGAAUGGUAUUGAUUAUAUACCUUCUUAUCAUCUUCCUGGUGGCAGUUAGUAUUUGUUAAGCAAGUCUUAGGCAAAGUGAUGCACGUCAUAAGCUUAAGUUUUCCUUUCUGCACGUUAUAUCCAAAUGAAAUAAAAUGGUUGACAGAAUAGGUAAUUCAACCACAGACACCAAUGCACUCUCCUUAGAGUGCUGAACUGUACAGCUGCCCUAGAAUUGGGCAACACAACUGAUGGCCAGGAGCACAACUCCAGCCAGCUAGCACAUGUUGAAAUUCAAUAUUAGUGAGUUGAUUUAAUGACAUGGUUAGAAUCGUAGUUAGAAAAACAUAACAUUCUAGGAUUGCAGUAAUGAAUACCUACAAUAUUUUAAAGAAUUUUCCAGCUG